CGAGUUCUUAGAAUGACUUCCGGGUGUAAGGGGCGGGACUAGAGAGCCCACUACCGAGGAGCAGCCCCCCCCCCAGACCGAAGAGAGGAGAAGGGGGGCGGGGGGACAUGGCGGAGAAAGGAGACACCGAGGUGGAGGAGGCCAGUCAGGUCUUCCUGUUGAUGAAGAAGGAUUAUCGCCUCUCCCGCAAUGUCCGCCUGGCGUGGUUCCUCAGUAACCUUCACCAGUCCAUUUCUCCUGUCCCUGAAUCUGAGCUGGGUUUACGUGACAUUGAACUAGAAGUGGUGAGCGUCAUACCGCACGGCUGGCAGCCCGAAGAGCCUGUCCGCCCCGGCCCCUUCCUUUUAGUGCCAUCAACAUGGGCCACAUUCCUGGCGCGGCAAUACCGCUUCGUGAUAGAACUCGACCUCAGUCCUUCUACUGUGAUUGUGGACGACUCCACAGAAGAGAUAAUAUUCGAUGAGAUCUUCCAUUCUCUCUCCCGCUGUCUGCUCGGACUCCUCAGGCCCUUCCGUAUCCCGGGAUCCAGCCUGGUUUUCCAGCCGGAAAUCUUUGUGACCAUCCAGGCCUAUUCCUCCAUCAUUGGACUGCAGAGUCACCAGGUGCUUGUGCAGGGCUGCCGACUGGAUGAGCAGAAGCUGCCGACGUUUCUCCAGCAUGUUUACUUGCAGUUAGGUGCUUUUGAGAAUAAGAUUGCGGAAAUGCUGCAGCAACAGUACCGUCCAUUCACUCAGGAUUGCCUACCUCAAUAUGAGAACCAGGUGCCUAGCAGAAAGAUGGGUGUGUCCAUGGUGACGGCGGACAUUGGAUUGAUCAGUAUGAUACGGCAGGGGAUCCUCGCUUUACAGCUGCUGCCAGCCAACUCCAGUGCCGGAAUAAUUGUGAUCACAGAUGGAGUCACUAGCGUCCCAGACGUUGCAGUGUGUGAGACGUUACUGAACCAGCUGCGCAGCGGAACCAUCGCCUGCUCCUUUGUUCAGGUAGGUGGUGUGUACUCCUAUGACUGCAGCUUCGGCUAUGUUCCCAACGUCGAGCUGAUGAAGUUUAUUGCCAUGGCAACCUUGGGAUCCUACCUCUCUUCCUGUCCCGAAGUAGAAUCCGGACAGACGGACAUGAACGUUUAUCACAAGGCGUUCUUGCCGUAUUCCUUUUUGCGGACGGGGGAGGCGCUGAAUCCGGAGUAUUACUGUGGCUCUCAGCACAAGCUGUUCAAUGAGCACCUGGUGUCGGCCAGCAGUAACCCCGCACUUGCCACGCGCAGGAGGAAGCAUGCGGAAAAAGAGGUGCAUGCCGACAUUAUCAGCGUGGUCUCCGUGCGGCUCAGGGAAGGAUACAGCAUCCGAGAGAUCCGUAUUACAAAAGGAUUGCUGGAGGUGAAACUGGUUCUGUUGUGGAAACAUAACAUGCGUGUGGAGUACCUGGCUGUAGCCCCGUGGCCCUUGGACCUCACUAAACGCAGCACAAGGGUGGAGGUAGUAAUGGAAGGGAGCUAUGAUAUCCUGCACGACAUCAGCUGCACCCUGAAGAAGCCCAUCACCAGUAUGUAUAGGACCAGUGUUAUACGGCGCUUCUGGAACACCCUGCAGAGCAUCAGUCAGACCGAUCAGAUGCUGGUCCACUUGAAAUCAUUUGACAGCGUCCCUGAGCAUUUCAAGAUCCCGGAGAGCACUAAGAAUGGGGUCCCCCUCUUCUACAUCCCCCCGGGAUCAACAACCCCGGUGUUAUCCCUGCAGCACAGCGAUUCCGAUUCCAGUCAUUCGCAGUUUGCAUCGUACUGGAAACCCAUACUCUCCAUGGACGCCAAUGUCUGGCAACGCUGGCUACAUGUGCACCGCAUUGUUUUACUGCUGGAGCAUGACAUGCCGGUCCCAAAGCAUCUCCAUACUCCCGGGAACAAUGGGCGCUAUGGCACGGUUCUGUGUCGCAUCUCUCACACGGCGCUCACCUCCCUCCUACGAGACUGGAGCAGCUUUGUGCUAGUGGAGAGUUAUUCCUACGUCAAAUUGAUGUUAAGCGAUGGGAAUCAGACCCCCUCCUCCUUCUGUGUGGUGCGGAUUAUCUGGAAAGCCCCCUGCAUGGUCCUCCGAUUGGGAUUUCCCCUGGGGACUCCGGCAAAUUGCAGAAUCAAGAUCUUGGAGGAGCUGAGAGACUGGAUCCUUCAGCUGCGUUUCCCUCACAGGGUGCAGAGCAAAGAGACCACCCCUCGGGUCAAGAGAAAGAUGUUUGGGAUCAGCUCUCCCUCCAAAUCCCCCCCUCCCCAGGUGUCACCUCCGGCCCUCUCUGACCGCUGCUGCCUGGUCCUGCUGCACAAACCUCUGGAGAAGCUGCUGAUCAAGUAUGACAAGCUUCCUCUGGAUUACAGGACUCCUUUUAUCCUGAACCUGGAGAGUCUGGCACAACACACGUCCGUCCCUGGUCCUCUCAUCACCAAUCGUUCGGCCUCUUCCACCCUGGCCUCCUUAUCCCGCUACUUCUACCACCAAAGAUGGAUCUGGUCUGUGCAGUCAGGCCUGGCAACUACUGUGCCCACCACUGCCCUCGCACAGAUCCUGUCCACCCUGACAGAGAUCCGGCUCUCUGAAGGCUUCCAUUUUGCAUCCAGUGGAGAAGGCAUCAUAAACAUGGUCCUGGAGGUCCCCAUUCAGAACGAUUCUAUAGGUGAAGGCAGUAUAGAGAAGCACAGCUGUAUCAUCCAGUACAUUCUCUUCCCACCUCAUGUGACAUCCACCAAGGACAGCUUCUCUACUGAUGAAGACAACGACACGGAGGUAGAGGCCAUAGAGCAGGACACGGAGCUGCAUCUGGUGUCUGAAUGCUGGGUGGAACCACAGAGCGGCUUCGUCAUAGGGACCUCGGAGAGCUGGAAACACCUUCACGGUCUUAUGUAUUCGGAGAUCCCCCAGGCACUUUUUCCCCGAGAUCAGAGCUGUAUAAACAUUAUGCUGACGUUUGAGUACAUUGUUCAGCUUUGCCAAAACAAAGAUGGCGGCUCUCCCAUCCUGACCAAAACUGAGCACACAGAUCCCCCGGAGAGCAGCGGCCUGUGCAUCAGAGAGGUCCCAUUUUACUUUGACCUGAUGAAACUUCUGCCCAAAUGCCAACAGAUUGAAAUGUUCUUCUUAACGCUGAGCAGAGCUGAAGCAGAAAGUUCAUCUACGGAGGCCUCGUUGCCAAACGAUAUGCUGCUCAGCUUGUUUCACAGCUGCCUUGAGGGCGACGUCAAUGACCAAGAGAUCCCCUUGGAUGAUCAGGACCACCUACGUUUUAUGGAGCAAGUUCUACAACGUGACCGUGACGGGCAUCCCGCUCCCUUCACUUUUGCUCGAGAAGAAGCCUCAAAAAGCACGUUCCACUCCGAAGCUACAGAGUCAUCACAUAAUAGCAGUCACCACGAGCCGAGCACUGCAGGAAGCACGUUACAGAGUCCAUGCCCCACAGAGGAGACAGAGGAUGGCAAAACGCUGAUCCACUCAGAGGAGCCGCCGCGGUGGCGAUGCUAUGCCCGGCUAGUAAAUGCACAGCACCUGCUCCUCACCCUCCUGCCUGCAGCUUUUACAGACGUCCAGAAGUUGAUGACUCCACCAGACGUCUCCGAGACCACCGAGGGAAACUCUCACUCAGAAAGUGUCCUGCCCAAUGCGGAUAUCCCCACACUCAGCAUCACGCCUGCCGGGGGUAACGGGCAAGAGUCUGAACACAAGAGGGAGGUGCACAUCUCCUUCAGCCGCCAGUCCUCCCUGCAAGACAUGGCGACCGGCCGCCGCCUGCGCUGCCCCGUCUAUGUGUACAAUUGUCCAAUGGAGGCGCUGCGAGAGCAGUUAGUCGGCUCCCGGCAGCAGCGAAUAUCCAGCGACGUUUUCUUCAGUGAGUUUAAACAGGAGUCUGUCUUUCAAGGAAUCUUUCAAGAAUCGAACACCAGGUCGCAGUCCCUGGAGCGUCCAUCAACAAAUCCAUUCAUCCACCACAGGCAAAAGGAGCUCGUGAAUUACUGUAACCUGCUGCAGGAGCACUAUCACCAGUGCUAUGUGAGAGGCUUGUUCAAGGCUCUGCAGCAAUCCCUCUGGGUGUCCCACCAGGACCUCCUGACCGCCAUGGAUUAUUGUGAGGAGCAGCUGCAGGAGAUCGACAUCAGCAACUUCCUUAUGACCCUGUGUGGACAUUUGCGCAGCUUCCGGGAAGCACAGACAGAUACCGAGUCCCCCUCUCAGAACGGACGGCUCCGUAAGGCCAGCUUCCGCAUAGGCAGCCUGGAGCAGGAGGACGAGCUGAGUGUACGUGACAGUGGCGUGUUACAUUCAGAGUCCAGUGUGGAUACAGAGGAAUGUGCAGAACAAGAAGUCAUUGAGGUGUCAACCCCAGAUUCAAGCAGCCAGCCGAGCGCAGAAUUCCAGCUGUCUAACCUGGACACAGGGCAGGCCUGUGAGGUGUCUCCGGACCUUCACAGAAUCAUACAGGAUAAAUUUCUUGCCAUUGGAAGUCUUCACUUCAAGACGGUGCAGUCAAAUCCCCACUACUUCUUCUAUUUUCCGUCUUCCCAAAGAAGAGAGGACGACACCACUCAGGACACCAGAGACAGGAAUCCCAGCGAGGAUAUGGAGGUCUCGGAAGCAGAACAGGCAACAGAGGAAGGUAAUACAUCCACAGGUGGCAUUGCCACUGAGAGCGACCCGGAUCUGGAGGUGGAAUACCGCGAGCACUCGGAUAACGCAGAGUCCGUGUCCGAGUCAGAGACUGUAAAUCAGGACGACGAUUCCUUCAGCGUUCUGGGAGACUCUCUGAACGGGCAGGAGAUGUCCGAGCUUGAGAUGCCUCCUCUGUUCGUGCACCUUAUCUGCUCGGUCACACACAAGAGCCAACACGGCUCCAUGCCGGUACUCACCCUGCCCACCUGCCUUGGUGAAGUGAUCGGUUGCCUGGAGAACAGUGAAAACCUUCAGAGCAUCUCGCUUGCCGAUCUGAGCGUCAUGCUGGAUAUCUAUGUCCUUACUCUACCCCUGGAGAUUGAGGGGGUGAAUGACGACUCCCAACACACCCGGUACACCUCCGAGAGCAGUGUGUCCUUCCCUCGCUCCCCCGCACAGCCAUCCUCAUACCGCUCUGACGAGGAGAUACCGCCUGCGCUAGAGAGAUUCCCUUCUAAUGUGGACCAGAGAUUCUCAGCUCUCUCCAGGCUCCCGGCAGAGCACAGACAGGCCAUCGAGGUUACCAUGAGUGAGAUCCGCUGGCUGCUUGAGGAUGAGCUGGUGUCGGCCUUGCGUCACUCACGUGUCAUCACUCGCUCCGUCCUAAGGAAGGUGCUGACUCAUGUGUGCGAGUCGGAUGGACGGCCGCAUUGUCACCGGGAGCUGGUGCAGCUACAGUUCGUAUUCGGUCCGGAACAUUCUCUGCAGAAAUUCAAAGAGGAAUUCCGACGCCUUUCGCUUCCAGGAUAUCAGCUGAACGAGGAAGAGGAGGAUUAUUAUUACAUCUCUUUGAGCCGGCUCCAUGCCCACAGGGUAGAAAAUGACCGAUCACGGCAUCUUCAUGUGCAUGGACCGGGCCCCUGGCAGGACCCUGAUGUGAGCACAACCCCCGAGGUUCUGGAGGACAACACUGAUCCCAAAGUGACACCUAAGAAUGGCCGUUCUGUGGACAAGGCAGAAGAGGAUUCUGGUGAAUGGGCUCAGGCAGCUCUGGAAGUGUCUGAUAGUGAGGUGUCCUCUGUGCUGUCGGGAAUGUCCGCCAUAGACCACGGGGGGAAAAGUGCAAAUGAAGGAGCCCUGGUGGACAAAUCCCCUUUACCACCUAAAACCUCGUCUGUGGUCAGUCUCCCCGAGUCCGUGCAGUCCAGCACUGUCAAUAGCACAGGAGGGUCUCGGCAGCGUCCCAGUCGUGUCCAGAGUCUGGUUUCCAGCCAUGGCAGUAUGGAUUCUGAUCAUCUAGGGUAUGACGCAGGCAGCAGUGACUCGGAGUGUGAAGACGCACUGAUCAGUGAUCAGGAUUCUCGCUGCCCGGUCAUGCCAAAGUUUUGGCUGAUUGUGAAGAUUCACCAGGACCGGGUUGAAGUGUGCACCCAUGCCAGCGCGGUGGCUGCCCGAGAAGUGGAGGAGCUCGGAGAGAGUGAGCAGCUGCACCAGCUGGUGGUCAGGAAGGUGGGAGAGAUCUGCAGAGUGGUCAAUCAGCGCCUCCUGCUGCAGGACCUGCAUGACACGCACCUAUGUAACACGCUGCUGGUCGCCGAGAGCGAGGAGGAUAUCUGGAAGAGCGAGAGCCCCUACGCCACGUACCGGCCCAGGCUACUUACCAACGAAGAUUUCCCCGGGGAGGAGAGUUACCAGCCCCGCGAUUACCUUGCCGCCACCAUGCAGUUCAUGCCGGGGCACUUUGCCUGUGAAAUGGUGUGGAGCACGGUGAUUCACAUCCACCCCCGGCUUAAGAUGGGACCCAACAUGGGGGUGUCCAGAGCCAUCCAAUCCCUGCGCUCCGUGCUCAACGCCUUCUCUGUCGUCAACCGCAAGAACAUGUUCGUGUAUCAGGAACGUUCCACCAAAUCGGUCUUCUACCUCCGUCUCUCGGAGAUGUCCAGCAGUAGUCGGCUCUGGGACUUGGACUUAUCCCAGUCUAUGAUGUCUCGUUCCUUGGCGCUGUCCCGGAGUCAAGAACCAAUUUACACAGAGGAACUAACGGCCAACCGCUUGUCGCUGGACCUGUCUUUGUCUCGGGGCGCAGACUCUACAAGGCCCGUGGGUCAGAUGGAUAAGCACAUUCUUCUGCUGGUCCACGGCGUCGGGGAAGCAGGCUCUGAGAUCACCGACGAUCUGGUGAAGGUUCUCCGGAAGCGUCUGGAUGAGGCCACUCUGGACAUUAUCACGGUCAUGCUGCAGAGGAAUUGUAAGCUCACUCCAGCGGAUGUAGAGUUUAUCCAGCCGAGAAGAACGCCGCCCACAGAAGUCCUGCAGUUCACCAUCCCGCAGGCCUCCCUGCCCUGUCUUCAAGCCAUGGCCUACUACCUGCGGCAGAACCUGCUCAUCUUCCUGCACACUCCCAAAUACACAGAUAGUAAUGGGGAGCAUCACUUUCAGCAUUAUUACCAUAAUUCCCUCCCUGAGCUGGAUCUCUUCUUGUAUAAUAAGCCUGGUGGACAGGGCACCGGAGGGAAAGGUAUCGCCUGCAUUGCGCUAUCAUUCGUGGAUCAGCAUGGCGCUCUGGUGACGCAGGCCUAUGGGGAGCGGCCAGGACCACCUCUUGCUUGCCCCUCUACUACAUCUCAUCUGCUCAGCGUCAGCACCUUCGAGUCUUUGACCAAAGUGAACAGAUAUACGCCAGAUCCCAGCGCUGCCGGCUCAGCGCCUCUCACUUUGGUUCGAUUUGAUGUCUGGGAGAAAGGAAACAUCAGCUCGUCCCAGCUGUCCGAGCGCCUCUCCAAUUCUCUUCGCCACGCGCUCUGCGACGUCAUCAUCGAGUUUCAUAUCCUGCAGAUGCCGCUCUGCGUGGAUCCGAUGAGCCCGAGAGACCUAGAGGGAACAAUGAAUGGAAAGAGCCCCUCUCAGUCUCUUCCAGAUAUGAAGGGAUUGGCUCAGCCGUCCAGCAAACCUCGCCCUGCCCCGGUGAGCCUUCCGCCAUCAGUAUCACCCUCCGGCACAGACCCAAAUACACCUCCCAGCAAAUCUGGGCGCAGGAGCUUCUGGGAUAUGCUGAGUAAACCAGACAGCGCGGAGCUGGGACCCCCGAAAACGACGGAUGACAUAGUUUGUGAACGGACAGAGGAACCGCGAACGAGGCGCCGGCACAAGACGGAGAGUCUGAAGGUCCCCAGUUAUCCGGACCGGCCCGGGAUCAGUCUGGAGCAUGCUCAGAGAAAGCGGCAGACCCAGCUGGAUGAGGGUGAUGUGGGCACCCUGCACCCGCUCUACAGCCACACCUGCCUCCAGUGGAUGAACUUCAUGAAUCAGCUUGGUUGUCCUUCCAUCCAGCUUUGCUCUGCACAGACUGUUUCCCGGUUUCUUCUUUCAUCCCUUCUCACCGAACUUUUCAAUAUAAUCACAUCUCUGGCCAGCGACACCAGCGUCAGAGUCUUCGAAAAAAGCAAUGGCACAGACGGACCGGCCUUUGUGCCUUUCUCCAUCAACCAACAUAGCCCAUCUCGGCCCGCAGCAGCACGUGAACUGAUCCUCCUGGGGCGAAACUUUCGACAGUGGAGAUACAACACCGAACAGGCGUAUUCGAGUGAGGAUGAUGAGGAUUGUGAGAAGGAUAAUGAUGAUGAUGAUGAGGGCUGCAAGGUGAAGUCGUCUCAGAAAGGUUUCCAGCGUUUCGAGGCCAUGGAGCUGGACUCAGAGAGGCCUCUGGAUCUGUCGCCCUCGCCACGCGGCCUGGUCCCCCGACAAAGAUUCCUGAUCAUUGACAUCCAAGACAAGAAGCUGACCCUGUACACGUACAACUGGUCUUCAGACCUGGGCUCUUCCCUAAGCCGCUCCCUGGUACGUCUGGUGCAGUGGCAGAACGCCCGGGCUCACGUGGUGCAUUGUCUGCUCAGUCAGAAGUUGGGACUCUUCCAUCACUACUGUUUUUCGGACACCCCCUGGCACGAGGAGAGCAAACAGGAUCCCAACCUGCUUAAUUCCACCUUAGAAGUUGACUCUCUUAUCAAGAGCCCCACCCCGCCCCCGCACAAGGAGAAUACGCGUCUGGGGACCUCCGCCCGCAGCCUCCCGUCCUUGCACUAUCCCCCAGACAUUGUGCCUUUUGAUGAGGUUCUCAGGGACGUCAUACCUGUAAAACCCAUGCACCUGUCCCCGGAGGUGGACACCGUCUCCCGACAUGGAGCGCAGUUUCUGGAAAUUAAAACUACAGAAAGGAGAGAGGUGGAGAAACAACUUAAGAUCGAAAACCUGUUUGUCACCUGGCAGCAGAGAUCAGCGCAGUCUAACAUGCCGAUCAGUGCUGCAGACCUGGACACUCUGAAGCAAUCCGCCCGGCUGGUCCAUUACUGCGCCACCCCGCUGCUGUUUGAUCCGUCGUUUCAGGCGCAGGUCCAGAAUGACCAGGGCAGGAGUGAAGGAAAGAAAAGACACCGAUCGAAUGACUCCGGUACGUCCGGCAGAGAUCGUAGUCACAGCUGUGAUUCUGCGGACAUGCCCCCCAACAAAGCUAAAGAAGAACCCUGGCUGCUGGAACUGUGCACCGCCUUCAUGCAGCAAUACAUUCAGUACUUACAAAGUACCGGAUUUAUACUUGUGCAGCUGCGCCCUGCCUCCCCCGCUCGCAGUACGGCGCGUAUUAGAGCGGUGGCCUCUCUGGCUCCAGAGAACAGAACAUCCAAACCCAAGAAUGAGGGCAGUCCUAAGCAGAGUACAAGCUCCGCAGUGACCACGUACCACCUGCAGAGGGCGCUGCCUGGAGGAAUCGUGCUGAUGGAACUCUCCUUUCAGGGAUGUUACUUCUGUGUGAAGCAAUACGCUCUGGAAUGUUCCCGUAUACCGAUGGGCCAAUCUGUCAACUCCCAGGGCACUCUCUCCAUCCGAACCCAUUGCCGGAGUACGGCCGAGAGCGCCUCCGAGUCCGCGCUUUCCAUGCUCUUCACUCAGGAGUGUGACAAGGUGCGGGACCUGAUGCACGUCCAUUCCUUCAGCUACGACUUCCACCUGCGGGUCGUCCACCAGUAUCUGCUGGGGUCCAGCAUGUCCCUCAGACAGGGCUAUGACCUCGCCAGUUUCCUGCAGCUCUUCAUCUCCCAGCACCCUGACAUCCCCAAGUACGGGCGCAACCACGUCUACCAGGACCUGCUGUCCGUGCCCACCGAGAUAAUCGCCGCCCACCAGCUGUACAACUACAUCGCAGACCACGCCAGCACCUACCACAUGAAGCCCCUGAGGAUGGUUCGCCCUUCCGUCCUCGGCAGCAACGGCAAGAAGAGCGGUGGGGGCGGCAGCGGCGAGCAGAACGAGUACGGCCUUGUGUCCAUCUGGAACAGCUCCGGUUUGUACAAGGACUCGGAAGGCGCCCAGCACCAUGACGACUUUGACGUAUCGUUACUGGUGUGCCACAGCGCCGCGCCAUUCGAGGAGCAGAGCGAACAGGAAAGACAUGUCCUGAGACUCAGGUUCUACGUCAUCAUGACGAGUCAGCGCGAGUUGUUUCCCCGUCUCACCGCCGACAUGAGGCGCUUCAAAAAACCUCCAAAGCUCCAGAGAGACACACAGGACCUGGACGGGGCCCCAGAGCUCGCAAAGUGCCAGAGACUGGAGAUCGAGAGCCUGGAGGACGGUCGGGAGGGAGGAGAGCAGAGCAGAGCGAGCGCCGGGAAUCACCAUAAUCCACAUCUAUUCCCACUGCUGGGUACAGAGGUGAGCGCCGCCAAGAGGCAGCUGGUGGAGAUGGUGCAGCUCGCCAAGUGCCACUGCCGCAGGGACAACCUAUGGAAGCGCCUGUACCUCCUGGAGCCACUCGCCUCCGACAAACUGCGGCUCGGCAAACUGAGCUCUGCUGAACUGAAGGAACUGCUCGAUGCCGUCCAUGGAAGGAGUGUGGCUGAGAUCGACCCCCAGCUGGAAUUCCUCCUUUCCAUGAACGUUCAGUGGUAUCAGAGUCUCAUCAAAGUUCUCCUGAGCCGCUUCCCUCAGAGCUGCCGACACUUCCACAGCGUAGACAGCAGCACCCAGUACCUGGUCGUCCUCAACCAGAAAUUUACAGAUUGCUUUGUACUGGUCUAUCUGGACUCCCACUCUGGUAAAACGAGUCUGAAGGUCGUGUUCCGGGAGCCGUUUCCGGAGCAGCCGCAGAACACAGAGAGUCCACCCCCGCAGCUGGUGUCCACGUACCACCACCUGGAGUCCGUUAUCAAUACCGCCUGCUUCAACCUGUGGAGCGGCUUAUUGUGAACGCACCGCCACCUAAUGGACUGAAUCCUGCAACCUGGUGGAGUGAGGAGCCGCACACAUGGCUCUGCUGAGGAGGGAUCGGCCGUACACAUGACAUGGACCCUCUGCUGAGGAGGGAUCGGCCGUACACAUGAUAUGGACCCUCUGCGCUCUGCUGAGGGGGGGAUCGGCCGUACACAUGACAUGGACCCUCUGCGCUCUGCUGAGGGGGGAUUGGCCGCACACAUGACAUGGACCCUCUGCGCUCUGCUGAGGAGGGAUCGGCCUUACAUAUGAUAUGGACCCUCUGCGCUCUGCUGAGGGGGGAUAUGCCGCACACAUGAUAUGGACGCUCUGCUGAGGGGGGGAUCUGCCGUACACAUGACGUGGACCCUCUUCGCUCUGCUGAGGGGGGAUCGGCCGUACACAUGAUAUGGACCCUCUGCGCUCUGCUGAGGGGGUGAUCGGCCGUACACAUGAUAUGGACCCUCAGCGCUCUGCUGAGGGGGGAUCAGCCGCACACAUGACAUGGAACCUCUGCACUCUGCUGAGGGGGGGAUCGGCCGUACACAUGACAUGGACCCUCUGCUGAGGAGGGAUCGGCCGUACACAUGAUAUGGACCCUCUGCGCUCUGCUGAGGGGGGGAUCGGCCGUACACAUGACAUGGACCCUCUGCGCUCUGCUGAGGGGGGAUUGGCCGCACACAUGACAUGGACCCUCUGCGCUCUGCUGAGGAGGGAUCGGCCUUACAUAUGAUAUGGACCCUCUGCGCUCUGCUGAGGGGGGAUAUGCCGCACACAUGAUAUGGACGCUCUGCUGAGGGGGGGAUCUGCCGUACACAUGACGUGGACCCUCUUCGCUCUGCUGAGGGGGGAUCGGCCGUACACAUGAUAUGGACCCUCUGCGCUCUGCUGAGGGGGUGAUCGGCCGUACACAUGAUAUGGACCCUCAGCGCUCUGCUGAGGGGGGAUCAGCCGCACACAUGACAUGGAACCUCUGCACUCUGCUGAGGGGGGAUCGGCCGUACACAUGACGUGGACCCUCUGCGCUCUGCUGAGGGGGGAUCGGCCGUACACAUGACAUGGACGCUCUGCUGAGGGGGGUAUCGGCCGUACACAUGAUAUGGACUCUCUGCACUCUGCUGAGGGGGAAUCGGCCGCACACAUGACAUGGACUCUCUGCGCUCUGCUGAGGGGGGAUCGGCCGCACACAUGACAUGGACUCUCUGCGCUCUGCUGAGGGGGGAUCGGCCGCACACAUGACAUGGACUCUCUGCGCUCUGCUGAGGGGGGAUCGGCCGCACACAUGACAUGGACCCUCUGCGCUCUGCUGAGGGGGGAUCGGCCGCACACAUGACAUGGACUCUCUGCGCUCUGCUGAGGGGGGAUCGGCCGCACACAUGACAUGGACCCUCUGCGCUCUGCUGAGGGGGGAUCGGCCGCACACAUGACAUGGACCCUCUGCGCUCUGCUGCUACAAACUUCUACUGAUCUCCACCGCAAGGAAAGAGACCUGAGUUGCAUCAACAAUCCGACAGAUUUCUUUAUUUUUAAGCUUAAAACUGAUGAAGCCGAUUGUGGAGAUAAUUAGAGACGUGUAAGAUUUUAUGUAAAUGAAUAAAUGAUAUCUUAUAUACAUGUUCUGGCCUGAAAGUAUUUAUACAGCGCCCAGCGGUAUUUACCAAGACAACAGCUCUGUCAAGUCUACCGAGGCAUUCAGCAACCUAUAUACCACUAAGUCAGUGUUUCCCAACCAGGGUGCCUCCAGCUGUUGCAAAACUACAACUCCCAGCAUGCCUGGACAGGCUUUAGUGAAUAUCUUAGGAUAAUACUUAUCUGUAUAUAGUGAAUAUCUUAGGACAAUACUUAUCUGUAUAUAGUGAAUAUCUUAGGAUAAUACUUAUCUGUAUAUAGUGAAUAUCUUAGGAUAAUACUUAUCUGUAUAUAGUGAGUAUCUUAGGAUAAUACUUAU